CGCCUCGAUCCGCUCAGUCACCGCCCAGACCGCGCCGCGAGCGAUCCAUCCGCCGUGGCUUUCGCGUGUUUACACCGGUUCUCGUGUGUCUGUGACUCUCGUCUUCCGCAGUUAUCGGCCAGACUUUCGUCUCGCUCGGAUGCCCGCUGUUCGAUAAACUUUGCCGGUGGCGUUUCGCGCGUACACGUGCACGCGCACUUUUUCUCCGCCUUUUUCAUUCAAAGAUUGGGUCAGUUGGUACCGCGUCGAUCCAGACUUGGCCGCGUGCAGUGAUCUCUCGAACGGUGAUAUCGAUCACGUGAACCGCAGUGUAGUGGUGGGUUGGUGGCGUGGUGGAGUCGGUCGGGGAGUUCGCACAUCCUGUGGAAAGCGGUUUCCUCUGGAGGCGGUCAGAAGGCAAUCAAGAUUCAUCGCCGCCCGGAAAUGCGAGAAAGUCAAGGUCGUUUUAUUUACACCGUUACGUACCGCCGAUCCCUCGUCAACGGCAGGUUUCGCGCCAGCCACGAAACGGAAGUCUCGUGAAUCAGCCUUUAUUUUGGAUCGUCGUGUCUUGUGCGCCGUUUAAUCUUUCUUCUGUUGUUUACGCGCCCUUUCGCCGGCCACUUCUCACGGUCUUCUCUUCGCGAAAAGCGAUAAUCGUUUUUUUUCUUCUUCUCCUUCUUCUUUUAAAAGAAGCUGUUUCGUUUUCGGAGGAUACAAGCAGGAGAAAGAAGUUGAAUGGGAAUAAGAUCGAGAGUAAGAUCGACAUCGGGGGACGGGAAUUCGAAUCAAAUUAUAACCUAACACGGUGAGGCGAGGGCUACGUGAGGGCUGAUCCGAUGAAUGGGGCUCAGCUCUGGCACAGUUUUCCAUCGGGGCAAAUCAUGACAGGAACGUACCGAAGAUCGAAAGCGCGCACAAAGAUGAGGAGCACGGCGCCGAGGGCGCGAGAUCCCCUGGUGAAAGCGGUCUCGGCGAAGAAAUCGGUGCUCCCGACGAGGAUUGCGCGUAUCUCGCUUUGAGGAUGGACACCAACACGAGCAGGGGUUGGAACUCGGGCGGCAGGGCAUUCCUGCGGGGUAUCGGGCAACGCGUCAGCUUCGACCCCGAGGCGCCCCCUCCGCCGUCCCAACCUGCCAGAAAGAUCGACGAAAAGGUGAAGAGGCACAGCAUCCACGGCAUGAUAGAGGAAGAGAACGUGGUGAGACCUCACCAGGAAAUGGCCAGUCUGUCCUAUCAAGAGAAAAAGUAUCUUCUCGCGGUGGAGCGUGGAGACGUUGCUUCCGUCAGAAGAAUGUUGCAAAGCGCCCAGGAAACCGAAAUGAACAUCAAUUGCGUGGAUCCGUUGGGACGGUCCGCCCUAUUGAUGGCGAUCGAUAACGAAAAUCUGGAGAUGGUGGAGCUCCUGAUCGAGCACAAGGUCGACACGAAGGAUGCCCUCCUCCACGCGAUCUCCGAGGAAUUCGUGGAGGCGGUCGAGGUACUUCUGGAACACGAGGAGAGUCUUCAUCGAAAUGGGGAGCCACACGUUAGUCGCUUUCAUCGUCUAGUAUAUAGUUGGGAAGCCCUGCCAUCCGAUACAGCCACAUUCACGCCAGACAUCACUCCCCUGAUCCUAGCCGCGCACAGAGACAAUUACGAGAUCAUUAAGAUUCUUCUGGAUCGCGGAUCCACGUUGCCUAUGCCGCACGAUGUUCGUUGCGGGUGCGACGAGUGCGUGACAUCGAGGAGGGAGGAUUCGCUGAGGCAUUCCAGGAGUCGAAUAAACGCGUACAGAGCCUUAGCCUCGCCGUCCUUGAUCGCUCUUUCCUCGAAGGAUCCAAUCCUGACGGCGUUCGAACUCUCGUGGGAGCUGCGCCGCCUCUCGUUCCUCGAGCACGAGUUCAAAUGCGAGUACCAGGAGCUUAGAAGACAGUGCCAGGACUUCGCCACCGCCUUGUUGGAUCACACGAGAAGUUCGUACGAGUUGGAGGUGCUACUGAACCACGACCCCACCGGGCCGGCGUUCGAGCACGGCGAGAGGAUGCAUCUGAACCGGCUCAAGCUCGCCAUCAAACUUCGACAGAAGAAGUUCGUGGCGCAUCCUAACGUGCAGCAGUUACUCGCAUCGAUUUGGUACGAGGGUCUUCCGGGAUUCCGGAGGAAAAACAUGGUUCUCCAGGCGUUGGAGAUAGUCAAGAUCGGCGUUCUAUUUCCCUUCUUCAGCGUCGCGUACAUCAUCGCCCCCCACUGCGUGGUCGGCCAGACCAUGAGGAAACCGUUCAUCAAGUUCAUCUGUCACUCGGCCUCCUACUUCACCUUCCUCUUCAUGUUGAUUCUGGCUAGUCAGAGGAUAGAGAGCGUGAUUGGAAAUUGGAUGGGCAGAGACGUGGUGGAGCAGGAGCCAGCGCCGACGAAAAGGGGAGCUGCGCCUACCAUCAUCGAAUGGUUCAUCCUGGCGUGGGUAUCGGGCCUGAUUUGGUCCGAGGUGAAGCAGCUGUGGGACGUCGGCCUCGAGGAGUACGUGAACGACAUGUGGAACGUGAUCGACUUCGUGACCAACUCCUUGUACGUGGCCACCGCCGCUCUAAGGGUGGUCGCCUACUACAGGGUCAAGUGGGAGAUCGAGAAAUCGGGAUCAGAUUUCGAGCUCCAACGCGAACAGUGGGACACGUGGGACCCGAUGCUCAUAUCAGAGGGCCUUUUCUCCGCCGCCAACAUAUUCAGCUCCCUGAAACUCGUCUACAUUUUCUCGGUAAAUCCUCAUCUCGGCCCCCUGCAAGUCUCCCUGUCCAGAAUGGUGAUGGACAUCAUGAAGUUCUUCUUCCUCUACGUGCUGGUGCUGUUCGCCUUCUCGUGCGGUUUGAACCAGUUGUUGUGGUAUUACGCGGAUAUGGAGAAGAAGAGAUGCCCGACCGCGAUGUCGUACGCCCCUAACGCCAGCGUCACCACCGAUUCAAACGCUUGCAUCGUUUGGCGUCGAUUUGCAAACUUGUUCGAAACCACGCAGACCCUGUUCUGGGCCGUUUUCGGCCUGGUCGAUCUCGAGAGCUUCGAAUUGGACGGUAUCAAAGCGUUCACCAGGUUCUGGGGUAUGCUAAUGUUCGGCACGUACUCGGUGAUCAACAUCGUCGUUUUACUGAAUCUAUUGAUCGCCAUGAUGAAUCAUUCCUACCAAUUGAUCUCCGAACGCGCCGACAUCGAGUGGAAGUUCGCCAGGAGCAAGCUUUGGAUCAGCUACUUCGAGGAGGGUGGCACGGUCCCACCCCCGUUCAACAUCAUCCCCACCCCGAAGAGCGUGUGGUACAUGGGUCAAUGGCUGUAUCGGAAACUGUGCGGGCACAGCAGAGCGGCGAAGAAGGAGCACAUGAGGACGAUCAGAAGGAAGGUUAAGCAGGCGUCCGAGAGGGACUUCAGGUAUCAGAGCAUCAUGAGAAAUUUGGUGAGGAGGUACGUGACGGUUGAGCAAAGGAAGGCGGAGAGCGAGGGGGUGACCGAGGACGACGUGAACGAGAUCAAACAGGACAUCAGCGCCCUUCGUUGCGAAUUGAUCGAGAUCUUGAAGAAUUCCGGGAUGAACACCUCGACAGCCAGCGGCACCGGAACCGACGGUAGCCUUAAAGAGCUGUCCAUAGGUGCGGGGGGUAAGAAGAAUCGUCAGAAGGAGCGGCGGCUGAUGAAGGGUUUCAACAUCGCCCCUCAACCGAGCGGAAGCGGCUCCCUUCCCCCGGUCGACGAGUUCGCAGCUUCGUUGCAGCAAGCGCAACAGGAGAACUCGCACGAGCUGUUCGGCUCGACGCUGAGCGGCAUAUUCGGUCCGGGUACGACGCCCAAGAAGAGCCCACACCACACGAGCACGAACAGCGUGCCCGGCCUCGGGACGAGCAGGCAGAGCCGUAGGAUAAGAGGGAGCUCGAAGAAGAAGAGGUGGGAGAAUCUGAUCGAGGCGGCCAAAGUUCGGGGCAAGGUUUCCAGGCUGAUCGGCAGAUCUCGUUCCGAGGAUUCCGUGUACUCGCCCGCGUCCGAGGACGGGGGCUCCAGAUCCGAGGGGUCGACCGACUCGAAGUCGUCGCUGGAACAAGGCGGGAACGACGCCCAACCGACGCACCAUCCCCAUCACUCCCACCACUCGCACCACCACGAGGGGCAUCACGUGUUCCCUCACGGCCUAGGCGCGUUGGUGGCGCUUCGGAAGAAGCGGAAGACGUUCUCGGAUUCGAGGUCCUCGACCUCGGGCAUGAGGAGCGGGAGCGGCACCAAUCCCAUAUACCCGUUGGCGACGGCCCUCGUCUCCAAGGUGUCGAGGAAGCAGCAACUGCAGCGGGCGAGCAGCGUGCCGACCAGGGGGCCGGAGCUGGGCCAGCAGCCGAUCCCGCCGAGGCGACACGAGGGCACGCAGAGUCAGCAGCCCAGCAUCGACACUCCCGAGGGAGCCAGCGCCAACGAGCAACCCGUAGUUCCUGCGGCACCGCUGACACCGUCGACCACCGAGGAGAGCGUGGCCGCGAGCACCUCCCUCCCAGCGACCAUGAAGAGGAACGGGUCGGCGACUCAGCUGCAGCGGCUUCCGGGCAUCGAGCCGAUAUCCGGCCACGACGUGUCCGGGGGAUGGCUCUGAGAAGAUCCGAGCGUCGCCCCCCGGCGACGUAUCGACCAUCGGGACGGAGCUCGCGCGUGAAUCGAGUUCCGAAAAUCAACGAAAGCUGGGACGACGACGACGACAUCGAUCGGGGCAUCGUGGUCGUCGUGGCACACGCACAAUGAUGCCUUUCGCCGGCAAACCGAUUUCGCCGUGACAAACAAACUAUAGAGAUAUAUAUAUAUAUUAUUACGUAAAUGUAUAUUAUUAUUAAUAAGCGACGUCGGCCGUGAAAUCUCGAGCAACAUCGUCGACCCAUCGAAGAGCCUAUUCCCUUCAACGUUUCGAGGACGUAACGCGAGGAGGAGGGGUUCAACUUUGAUACGCGCCAACUUUCUCGUUUUUUCCUUCUCGGGAGAGGAGAGAUUAACUCUCGCUUUGUCGCGAAAACCCAUCCCCGAACUUUUUUCCGGAAAACGCGUUAAUGCGUAUUUUCUCGAGGAGGAAAUUUCCUCUCCUCGAGAGAAACGUCGUUGAAAACUUUCUUCUCGGCCCGAUUUAUCGUGGCUUUCCGAAAACGAACGAAAGUUUGCAGCGACACCGCCAACCAGAGUUAAUCUCGUCCGAGUGUCGCCACCGAUGAUUUUGUACCACGUCUUAUCGCAUACUAUUACUAUACUAUUACUAUACUAACUAACUGCUACUACUGCCAGAACGGGAAAGGGCAAUUGGGUCGACGACGUGGAAUUUAAUCUAGUCACACCGGUCUAGUCGAAAAGAAGAGGAUCACGACGAUCGGUCGCGUUGUUGCGUUUACCUUUCAAAGGACGAUUUAUUAGAUUAACGAUUUUGGAUUAACGAUGGAAACUAAUUCUGGAUACAUUGCGCCGAAUUUAUAAUCGCGUUGUUGCUUCAGGAAGCUGGUCUACUGAAGAUAGGGAAUUUUUUCUUUCCUUUCCUUUCCCGAUCCAUCUUCCCAUUCCCUUUUCCUCGCUCUUCCUUUAUUUCAACCAAACUCUAGUCAACCAUCUAAUCAUUACGUCUUAUCUUUUCUUUCCUUCCCUUCCUUUUUUCCAUUCCUCUCUUUUUCUAAGUUGAAAGCGCCACGAAGGAAAGGAACGGUCUCGCUCGAAUCAAUCCAACUUAUUAUGAUAAAUUGUUGUUUCUGGGGGAACAAUUGCCGCCCCGAUUAAGAAACCGAGUAUUUAGCCGAGCGAUCGGAGGAGAUAUAUAGCCGGGAAAACGAGAAAACCGAGGGACGCGAAAUUGGAACGAUCUCGUCCAAUUUCCUCCGUGACGAAACACCCAUUUUCUAACAGAGUCAGUUUCUCGCGUUCAUCCCUUUCCCCUUUGUUAACAUGAUUCGCAGGAGCGUAGCGCGCGGGAAGGAAGGAGGAGAUAAGAGACGUGACACGACCAAAGAAAAGAAAAAAAGAAAAAAAAAAAAAAGAAAUACGGAACGAGGAGUGUAGAGUAGUCGAGUAGAGGCCUAAAACAGAUUAAGAUCCGUACUAUUUCCUAGAUAUUACGUGUACUUACGUAUGAUAACAACGUAAUAUAAUUAAUGUGAACUCGGUGUCAGGAACGCGGAACGAACGAUCCGAACGUACGUUUCAAGGAUCCACUCGAAUUUCAUCCUACUUCCUGUCCUAUUCGAGUUCGCGGACCUGACAAGACCGUGCGUAAUAACAUAUUAUACCGCCUACGUGUAUUAUUUAUGAGAUUAUUAUUAUCAUUAUUAUUACUAUUAUUACUGUUAUUAUUAUUAUUAUUACUAUUAUUAUUACUAUUAUUGUUAUUAUUAUCAUUAUCAUUAUUAUUAUUAUUAUUAUUAUUAUUAUUAUUAUUAUUAUCAUUAUUAUUAUUAUUAUUAUUAUUGUAAACAUAAAGUUAGAUGUAUUUGGAAAACAGUAGUAGUGCGUGUUAUCUUGCGAACGGUUAUUAUUAUUGUAAAGAGGCAAAAAAGAAAAAAAAGAGAGAAAGAAGGGAGAGUAACAGGAAGGACGAGAGAAAGAAAGAAAGAAAGAAAAAGAGAAAGAAAGAGAGAGAGGGAGAUACUAUACUAUAUUAUACAUUGCGAAACGAGGGUACACGCGAAAACGGAACCAACCAAGUUUUAUUAACGAGUUAAGCCGAUAAACAAUAGAUCGUACAACUUGGAAUAUAAGUUGAAUCAUAGAAUCUAGCGGAAUUUUUUAACGAUCGAAAUUAAAUAUCGUUUCCGAUAACAGCGCAGCAUCCAUCACGAGAGCUCGGAAUAUCUUUUAUAGAGGACACGCCGAUCUAUAUCGAGGGAAAGAGAGGUAUAGAAAUUACGAACGCAUUUUUUAUUGGUUUCGUAUUUCUUAAUUUCUUAAAAAAAAGAAAGAAAGAAAGAAAGAAAGAAACUCGAGGAUAUAUCGAGGAGUAUUACGAGUAAUUAUAAUUAUCGAUAUCGAUUCGAAUAUUAGCGAGGAUAUUAAAGAGAAACAAAAAAAAAAAAAAAAAAAGAAUACACGUAACAAAGAAGCGACUAAUACGCUGGAGAAAAAUUAAUAUUGAAAAGAGAGCUUCCCCCGUUUGUUUUUCGCAAACUUCAAUUGCCCCGUGGCCAUCGAACGUUCGAAACUCCUUCGAUUUCGUGAAAGUUUCGUUUGGCGCAGUUUGUUGGGCAAAGAAAAAGAAAAAAAAAGAAGGAAAGGAAAUAUUUGAACGCGGCGAUCAGGGCGAUCGAUUUCCAAUUUUUUCGAUUUCCAUUUCGGUUUGCGAUCGUAGCCCAGCGUAUAUUUGAGUAACUCGAUUGAGAGUAGAAAGAUCACGAAUGACCAUUAAUAAAAUACCAUUUAUUCUGAUA